AUGCGUCCAGCUGCUGGCUACCUCGCCGUCGCCAGUGCUUCCAGCCACUCAGACGCCAUGGACCUUGGGGAGGACCAUAGCCUACGCGAGGACGGCGACCGGGAGAAGGAGAUGCAGCUCACGCUCAAGCGGACUGAGUCGGACGGCGGCGACCACCACGGCCAGGAGCAUGGGCAUGGCACGGCUGCCCUGAUCCCAAGCCUAACACCGUCGUUGGAUGGUGCCAUCCGUCUCCAUCCGCCAGGAAAGGGGCAAACCCCCGGCCGACGUAAGGGACCUCUUGUCUCGGCGUCGAAGGUGCAGCAGCGUUACGACACUUCAAGCCGGCCACGUCGCCCUAGCCCGCUUAGUCGAUCCUCUACUGUCAUCAAGCACAAGAACAAGAGCAAGGCUAUAUUGGCUUGUGGUACAAGUUCAAGCAACCAAGUAGAUGUUCCUUGUGAUGCAUCUGCCCCAAUGGAUGAAGAUGGAGAUCAUGUCAUUCUUUCAGAUGAUGAAGAUGGACAGGAGCAGGAGGUGGAAGAGGUCAAUGAAGCAGGCAAACGGAAGCUAACUUCUAAAGUUUGGUUGGAAAUGAAGAAGAUCAAGAUCAAUGGGCAAUGGAAAGCAAAGUGCAACUAUUGUCACAAGGAACUUGUUUCAGGACCCAGAGCAGGCACGAAGCAUCUUGCUACUCACCUAAAGAUUUGUACUCUGAAGAUGUUGAAGACGAAGGGAGGCAAAACAUUGAGUCAGCCAUCAUUGAGGAUGAAUGCUAAGGACGACGGUAACGUUUUUUUGGAGAGCUAUACCUUUGAUCAAGAGGUUGCUAGAAGAGAGCUUGGUAACAUGUUGGUGUUGCAUGAGUACCCACUGUCUAUAGUGGAACAUGCUGGUUUUAGGAAGUUUGUUCAUGCACUUCAGCCACUAUUCAAGCUACAUACAAGAAAUACUUUUAGGCAAGAUAUUGUGGAAAAUUAUGAAGAAGAAAAAAAGAAGGCAAUUGAUUACAUGACUAUGAACCAAUCUAGGGUUGCUAUCACUACAGAUAUGUGGACUGCUGACCACCAAAAGAAGGGAUAUAUGGCUAUUACAGCUCAUUUCAUUGAUGAAUCUUGGAAGCUUCGAAAUGUUAUCAUGAGGUUUGUAUAUGUUCCAGCUCCUCAUACAAGUGAAGUGAUAUGUGAGGUGCUCUAUGACUCCCUGCUUCAAUGGAAUAUUGAUGAAAAAUUGAUGGCAGUGACUGUGGAUAACUGCACCACCAAUGACAAGGCAAUUGAGAUGAUUGUGGGGAAGAUAGGGAAGGAGAAGCUCCCUUUGGAAGGUACUCUGCUGCAUAUGCGUUGUAGUGCACACAUCUUAAAUCUUAUAGUUAAGGAUGGAUUGCAUGUUAUGAAGUCAGCUAUAGAAAACAUUAGGGAAAGUGUGGCAUAUUGGACCGCGACAGGAAAAAGGAUAGAGAAGUUUGAGGAGAUGGCUAAGUUUAAGAAAGUAAAAAUAACAAGAAAGUUGAUUCUUGAUUGCAAAACUAGGUGGAAUUCCACUUUCAUGAUGCUAGAAGCAGCUUUACCAUAUAGAGUUGUUUUUGAACGUGCAAAACAAGUUGACAAACAAUAUGAGCAUUUACCUAGUGAUAAAGAAUGGGAGUUUGCUGCAGAGAUGGUGGAGAGACUUGGCUUAUUCUAUGAGAUAACUAAGUUGUUCUCCGGAACUAAUUAUGUGACCGCUAAUGUUUACUUCCCUAGAAUCUGUGAGAUUAAAAUGAAAAUGAGACAGUGGGCCACUUGUAGCAACCCAAUUAUCAAAAAACUCUCUGAGGAAAUGACAACUAAAUUUGAUAAGUAUUGGACGGACAUUCAAGAUCUCAUGGGGAUGGCUACACUUCUUGAUCCUCGGUACAAGAGGCACAUGUUGACUGCUUGCUUUGCCAUGCUUCAUGGCAUUGAGCCAUCUUCUUAUGAGUGUGUGGAGUUGGUUGAUGCAUUAGUUGCUAGAUUACAUUCACUGAUAGAGGAGUAUGAAGUGGAAGUAGAUGAAUAUAAACCAUGUGAAGAAUUGAUUUCUUCAAUGAAAGCUCCAGCCAUCAUGAAUAUUUUCAAUGACAUUGUCGCCAAACAAAGUCCUGCUACAGCUCGGUUGCAAGGUGAAAUAGAUAUGUACUUGGCAGAUGGCCUAGUGCCAUACACAGAAGUAUUUAGUGUGUUGGAUUGGUGGAAAGUAGCUGGAACAAGAUAUCCAACAUUAAGGAAGGUUGCCAGAGAUAUUUUUGCCAUUCCCGUGACAACAGUUGCUUCAGAGUCGGCCUUUAGUACAAGUGGCAGAAUACUUAGUGAACAUAGGAGCCGCCUAACUCCUGAUAUGGUGGAAGUUUUGAUGUGCUCCCAAGAUUGGCUUAGAAACAAAUGCAAAGAUGCUCAUAAAGGAGAUGCUAGCUUUUGGACUUGCCUUCAAGACAUUCAAGAGGGGAUGCAGGACUUGGCCCUUUGAGAUGUAGAGACAUGGUCUCGGCGAGUUAUGCUCAAGAUUGACGACUUAUUGUGCCAAGGUCUUCGUUAUGCUACUAUCGGAUUGGUCGAGUUUAUUUUAAUUGAACUAGUUACAAUGUCGAAACUUUAUUGGGAUGCUUAU